UUUCCCAAAAUAAAAACAAAGGCAGGUGAAUCUAGCGGCGCCGCCCAUUUUCGAAUCCAACCAAUGAGGCACGAAAUUACUAAGCUAGUCGCGAGUGGGUCGUACAGAGAAGCCCUCUGCUUACACGCGCAGCGCCACUCUGCUUCUCUGCGUCCUCACGAAUUCACGUUCCCGCCUCUUUUCAAAGCCUGCGGAAAACUCCGAUCAGCUCUGCAGGCACAAAUUCUACAUGCCCAUCUCGUCAAAACCGGGUUUUCGGCCGAUGUUUACUCCGCCACUGCUCUGACCGAUGCGUAUAUGAAACUUAGUUUUAUGCAAUACGCACUCAAGGUGUUUGAGGAAAUGCCUGAACGGAACUUGGCUUCGUUGAACGCGGUGAUUACCGGGUUUUUGCGAAAUGGGUACUGUAGAGAGGCUCUGCGGUUGUUUAAGAACGUGGAGGUUGGAGGGUUCAAGCCCAAUUCAGUUACGAUAGCUAGUAUGAUAUCGGCGUGCGGGAGUGCAGAACACGGCAUGGAAAUGCAUUGCUUGGCAGUGAAGCUGGGCGUUGACAGCGAUGUUUAUGUUGGGACGUCGGUUCUGACUAUGUAUUCGAACUGCGGAAAGUUGGUUUUGGCUGAGAAGGUGUUUAAGGAAAUGGCAAUCAAGAAUGUUGUGAGCUAUAAUGCUUUUGUUUCAGGGCUUUUGCAGAAUGGGGUUCCUCAUGUGGUGUUGGAUGUGUUUAAGCAAAUGAGAGCAUGUACAGGUGAAAAUCCCAAUUCACUUACGUUGAUUUCAGUUGUUUCUGCCUGUGCUAGUCUUUCGUAUCUCCGAUUUGGCAAGCAGGUUCACGGUUUGGUCGUCAAAUUUGAGAUAGGACUUGAUGUUAUGAUUGGAACAGCACUUGUGGACAUGUAUUCCAAGUGUGGUUGUUGGCAGCUGGCUUAUGUUAUUUUCAAAGAACUAGAUGAAAAUAGGAACUUGUUUACAUGGAAUGCCCUGAUCGCUGGAAUGAUGUUGAAUGCGCAAACUGAGAAUGCCGUUGAGCUAUUUCAACAGCUAGAAUUUGAAGGGUUUGAACCCGAUUCCGUUACUUGGAAUUCAAUGAUCAGUGGGUUUUCGCAACUAGGAAAGGGGAUUGAAGCUUUCAAGUAUUUUAAGACAAUGCAAUCAGCUGGUGCCGUCCCCAGUUUAAAAUCUAUCACAAGUCUUCUACCAGCGUGUGCAGAUUUAUCUGCUCUGCAGUGUGGAAAAGAAGUUCAUGGGCACGCAGUUAGGACCUCUAUUAGCAAUGAUCUGUUCAUUUCAACUGCUCUUAUUGACAUGUACAUGAAAUGUGGGCAGUCUACUUGCGCAAGAAGAAUUUUUGAUGGGUUUCGAGUAAAACCCGACGAUCCAGCAUUUUGGAACGCAAUCAUAUUGGGGCAUGGAAGAAACGGAGAGAGUGAAUCUGCAUUCGGAAUCUUUGAACAGAUGUUGGAAGAAAAAGUACUACCAAAUGCUGCAACUUUCACAAGUCUUCUAUCUAUGUGCAGUCACACUGGUUUGGUGGACAAGGGAUGGCAAGUUUUUAGGAUGAUGAACAAAGAUUUUGGUCUCAAACCAAAUCAAGAGCAUUUUGGUUGCAUGGUUGAUCUUUUGGGUCGAACUGGCAGGUUGGAUGAAGCCCGAGAACUAAUAGAAGAAUUACCAGAGCCUUCCGGAGCAGUUUUCGCUUCUUUGCUAGGUGCCUGUGAAUGCCAUUUGGAUUCAGAACUGGGGAAAGAAGUGGCUUUAAAACUUUCAGAACUAGAGCCAGUGAACCCGGCACCUUUCGUGAUCCUUUCGAAGAUUUAUGCUGCACUUGGAAGGUGGGAGGAUGCAGAAAAGAUUAGAGGAUUGAUGACUGAUAAAACACGAAGAAAGCUCCCUGGCUUUAGUUUACUAAGACUGCAGGAAAAGUACAUGCACGAAACAAACAACCGCAAUUCAAAUGUCUACAGUUUUUGAGUCCCAAACCAAAAU